GGAUAAAACAACUUUGGUCCGACCUUCAUAAAUUUCACCCAUUUUUAACCUCAACCUAUGCAAAGGGACACAUCCCCUACGACCUGCGUACGGGUUACCAAACGAAGCAAACGAACAGCCACAGAAAAACAAAAGAGAGAGGGAGAGCGCGCGUCGCCGGAGGAAGAGGUUCACGCCUGUCAGCCUGUGUGUCACUCCAGGGCUGCCAGGCCGUUUCCUCUCCGGGGAAGAGGAAACGCCGGACUGGUUUACGCCGGAGCUAAAUCAUCGUUGCCGGACCAAACUGUUGCCGCGGAACGUCGCCGCCAAGCUGCUGCUGCUGCUGCUGUCGGUAGGAAGUCCGCCUGGAUCGGCGAAUCUCGCCAUUGAUUAUCAUUGUCCGUCCGUCGUCGUUCGUUCACGCUGGUGGUUGAACCGUUGAAGAAAGAAGCAGGCUACAGUAACCGUACGCAGCUUCUUACUCCGUAAUAGUUUUUGAAGGUUUGCUGGUCCGUUAGCAGUGAUGUUGCGUCCCCGGAUGUACCGUCACUGCCUAGACCUGCCAGCUGCGACUAUGACUCUAAACUGCAUCAGGUCGGCGGCGACUAUUUAUACUGCUGCUGCUGAACAUGAAGAUGAUCCCUUCAAGGCACACCCGUGCUACCACCACCUUUCUUCCAUAAAGUCCAAGGGAGAACUUCUCCAAUCAUACACAGUCACGCCACCUAUCCAACCCUGGCCUCGGAACCUUACCCAUAAACGACUCAUUUCUCUUAUAUCUUGCCAACAUGACCCAAACAUGGCUCUCCACAAUCCACAUCUUCCAUCAUGCAGGUAAAUACCACCCUGGCUUUUCCCAUAAUUACGAAACCUACCACCACAUCAUCCUCAAACUUUGUCGAGCUCGUGCCUUUGAAUCAGUGGAUACCCUUUUGGCUGAAUUACGGAAAACUAACAUCAGUUGUUCGGAGAAUUUGUUUGUCACCGUUAUUCGAAACUAUGGCAUUGCAAGCAAACCAAAACAGGCCAUUAAGUCUUUCUUGAAAAUCAAAGAUUUCGGAAUAGUUAGGUCAGUGAAGUCUUUUAAUACAUUGUUAAAUGCUUUGGUUAAUAACAAAAAGUAUGAUCUUGUGCACAUGUUGUUUAAGAAUUGUAGAAAGAAGUUUGGCAUUGUGCCCAAUGUAGUCACUUGUAAUAUCUUAUUGAAGGCUCUGUGUAAGAAAGGUGAUGUUGGUGGUGCAAUUAGAAUUUUGGAUGAAAUGCCUGCAGUGGGAAUAGUUCCAAAUGUUGUUACUUAUACCACCAUUUUUGGUGGCUAUGUGCUUAUAGGCGAUAUGGUUGGUGCUGAGAGAAUGUUGAAGGAGACCCUUGAUAAAGGAUGUCUGCCUGAUGCAACAACGUAUACCAUUUUGAUGGAUGGCUUCGUCAAGAAAGGGAAACUGAUGAAUGCAGUGAAGGUGAUGGAUGAGAUGGAGGACAAUGGGGUCAAACCAAAUGAUGUAACUUAUGGAGUGAUGGUAGAGGCUUUGUGCGCUGGGAAGAGACCACGUGAAGCAGUCACCUUGCUUAAUGAUAUGCUUGAUAACAAAUAUCCUCCUAGUCGAUCAAUUUGUUGUAGGGUCAUUGAUGCUAUGUGCGAAGCAGGAAAGGUCCAAGAGGCAUGUGAUCUGUGGAAGAAAUUGUUGAUAAAGAAUUGCACCCCUGAUAAUGCAAUAUCUAGCACACUCAUAAAUCAUCUGUGUAAGGAGGGACAAAUUUGGGAAGCAAAGAAAUUGUUUGAUCAGCUUGAGGGAGGUUCAGCUCCCAAUGUUUUGAUGUAUAACACAUUAAUUGCAGGAAUGAGUGAGAACGGAGAGAUAUUUGAAGCUGGGAGGCUGUGGGAUGACAUGGUUGAUAAGGGGUGCAUACCUAAUGCUUUUACUUAUAAUAUGCUGAUUAAGGGAUUUUGUAAAGUCGGUAAUCCCACAGAAGGAAUUAGAGUUCUCCAGGAGAUAAUAGAUAAUAAUUGUUCCCCAAACAAAUUCACUUUUUUUGCAUUAGUCCAAGAGCUUUGUGGCUCAGGAUCUGAAACGUAUGGUGUUUUGGAUAAGAUAUUGUUGGAGAUUGCUGCUUAGGGAAUGCUUUUAUUAGUUUUCAUACGUAAUGCAGAAGAUAGUGGCAUCUCUAUGACUGAGAAGCAGAGGACUCCAUUUCAAAUGGAUCUAAGUGCUUUUGGUGCCAAUAUAUCAUACUGCAAGAUUUGCUAUCUCUUCUUGGGGGUUGGUUAUUAACAGACAUGGCUUCCUCAAGUUACUCAUUGUAAAUAACUUUCUGUGAUUUAUGGCCCGUUUGGUAUGCGUGGGUAACAUCCAUUUCAGGCAAAUUCCACAUAAGUAUGCCAAUGAAGAUGUAUCACUUGGCGCAUGGCUGAUUGGUCUUGAGUUUGAGCACAUUGAUUAUUGAAAUAUGUGUUGUGGAACUCUGCCAGGUUUAUCAUUUUUUCAUCUUCUCUUCCUCCAAUACAACAUUUUGCAGUUCAGGUGUAGAAAAGAAAAGAAAAAAACCUCACUGUCAAAAUUACUCCACUGCAUUCGAUUUUGGGGGGCAAGAAAAGAAAUAGAAAAAUAAUUUAUCAGCCCAAAACUUUGUAGCCCUUAUGCGGAUUUUGUAUAUUUGUAAUAGUCUCAGCUUACGGGUAGGGCCAUGUUGAAGAUCAAAGAAUAAUUCACAAGUUAGUUGAACUGGAAAUUGAGUAGGAAUGAGUAUUGACUUGGGUUGUCAAAUUUGAAUCAUUCCUCUUGGAGGAAUUGUUCUUACUCGAAGAUUGACUAAAGAAUACUACCUACAUUGCGGGAUGAACUUACAAAUGGACAUUACAUUAUAUUGCUAAAAUGUGCGAUCAUCCAUAUGAUGAGAAAUUGAGAAUGGAAAAGACAAAGUAGUGGAUGAGAAUAGAUGUAGCUGCUAAUUACGUAUAGUAUGUAUGCAUGUCCUGGACCAUGAAUCAUCAUCAGGAAUCUGCAGAUCGGAUGGUCGGGUUGGGAAGUUGGUCAUCAAACACGGCGUAGUCAAUGGGGAAGUCCUCAUCAAUGAAGGAGGUGUGGUGAGGGAUCAGCGAGUCGUAGUAGUAGUCUUCGUUAUUAGUCGCCGCUGCUGCCACCGUACUGCUACAACACAUGAAGCUUUCAUCUGCUGCUGGCGGGGCAUUUCCAAGAGCAUCCAAGAAGGCCAGAUCAUCACCGUCCCCGAGUGUGGUGGUGAAACAAGCCGCUGCUGCGGCCGCCUGACCAUCUCCCUGCCGCUGCAAGGGUGUGUGAACCGGAGGCGGAGGCGGCGGCCACCUAUCAAAGCUGGCACCGCAGCAGGUGCAAGGUGCGGUCUGUAGCCCUAAAUGGUCUGGCGGCUCGAAUGGGAACCACACUUCUGGAUCCUGCAGCAUCGGGAUUGAGGUCCAUUCCCACUUGGGCUCACCCGAACAUGACUCUUCUUCAUCAUCACAUCUCGACUUCAUCAUUGCAGCUUCAUCACCUGCUGCCUCCUCCUCCUCCUCCUUAAGGGCGGCGGCGGUAGUGGUAGAAGAGCGGGAUUUGGGGGUGGAAUUGACUCUGGCAAAUCUCUUCCGCCUGCUGCUCCAGAAAUUCUUGACGUCGUUGUCGGUUCUCCCGGGCAAGUAGGUGGCUAUUUUGGCCCAUUUGUUCCCGAACUGUCCCUGAAGGUCAAUGACGAUCCUCUCCUCCUCGGUGGAGAACUUGAGGCCGGUUUUCAAGUUGGGGCGGAGUUUGUUGACCCAGCGGAGGCGGCAGGACUUGCCGGUGCGUUGGAGGAGGCCUUUGGAUCGAAUGGAGCUCCAGUGCCUGGGGCCGUACUGGCUGACGUGCUGGACAAGCACCUCAUCUUCCUCCGCUUUCCAUGGCCCUUUCUUUAUCUCCGACAACUCACUCCCUCCUUCCAUUACUUCUCCACUCAUCAUGCAUGCAAUAUAGUACCUGCUCCCUACGUACUGUAUAUAUACAGUAUAAUAUAUCCCGACCGGCCACCAUCUUUUCAAAAAAUAAAAGGAGAAUGCUGCGGCGGCUCGCUCCAACUUCCUUGUUUUUCUCCGAAUUAAAUGGGUGCAUGUCCCACUAACCUCCUAUUAUUCAGCCCACAUUCCCCAUUACAUUUUGUCCCCACCCGCCAGCUAAAUCGAAUGAGAUUAUUAUGGAGUAGUUAUCCUCUUUUUUUUGAUAAUCCUAAAGUCUAUGAACUACAUUCCAAAGCCCUUAGACAGUUAAAUCCGGAUCUGAUCACAGUCAGCCUCGUCAGUACUGACUCCAAAAGACGAAUCCAGCAGGAUUUAUAUCACCUUUCAGGCUGCUCCUCCCACCACACGAACCCGCUACCUUCAUUACCAUCCUCUCCUUUCUCAACCGCUGAGCAACUCCGUGAAGGUAGUAAGAAUCACUGGGAGCAAGACCUCCCUCAUCUCCCCUUGGUGGGAAUUGAACCCAAGACCUCCCACAAAGGAGAGACUUGGGGGUGGAUGGUCAUUCAUCGGGCUACACCCACUUUCCCGAGUAGUUAUCCUCUUUAUGAUCCGAAGGAGAUCUUUAAAAAUAAGAGGAACUCAUUAAUAUAAUAUCUACACUCAAACAAGUGUAGUAAAGUUGAAAGCGGCAUACGGAGUACUAAAUUUCUGCAACAAUCAAUCAGCCAUGCAUUACAUGUACAAAUGAAAAUAUUCCAAAACUUUAAAACCAGAGACCAAAAGUGAAAACGAUCUAACAUUCAUGGGACAAAACGACUAUUUUCAUAUCAUAAAUAACUAAUUUCACUUCUAGAUUAGUGAACAACAAUUAAACUGGUCAAAGAACUGAUGUUGAAGCUCACUAGCUCAGCAAGGUAAUGGUAUAUGCAAGACCAUUUGUAAAAAAAUAUGAUAGUAAGUUCCUAAAUAAAAAACGAGGAAACUGUCAAAUGAGUUGUAUGCAAUCAAGUAAAAAGUACAUCAUAUUGUAAUCGAGAUUCACAAGUGCAUAAACUCGGGAAAAUAGUGCUGAUUUGGUACACAUUUGAAUUUUGAUGUUAACAUGUCUCACUUUAUCACCCAAUUAGUAAUUCUUUGUCUUUUUUUAAAUGAUUAGUACACAUUAGAAUUUAAACGUUAAUGUCUCACUAAUCACUUAAUUAAGAGAUUAGUGAUAUGACAAAAGUAAAACCACACAUCCACUUAUUGCACAUUAUAAACAUACAAAUCACUUUCCAACUAUCACUCCAGGUAAACCACGUCACCGCACCCACCCCCAAGACGCACUGACCAACUCCAUUUUUAAAAACACAUAAACGAUUACUAAUUUGGGGUUAGAUAUAAAUCGGGAUAAAGAUGAUGCCGACUUAAAUUCCACCAUUUACCACAAAUGGUAUUACUAAUUACCAUAUCAAGAUUUUUAGAGUUAAAUUGAAUUUGUACUUGCUUAACACUACUUUCCCGAGUUUAUGUACUUCUGAAUCUCAGUUGCAAUAUAAUUUUCUCUUUACUCCAUUGCAUACAGUGGCGGAUCUAACCUUUACAUUUUGGGUGUUCGAAACUAAAGUAAAGUUAAAAGUAUCACAAUAAUCAUAUCUAAUGCUAUAAUUCAACAAUUGUAUCUUUAUUAAUAAAAAAACUACUACAUUAAAAAGUAAAACAUACUCCAUAAUAUAUUAAUAAAGUAUUAGAGAUUUACUACAUAAACUGAUUUUAACAAUAAUACUCCUACUCAUUAACAAUAACACAAAUUAAAUCAGCAUAAACUAUACUAUAUAAAUAUAAAUACUAAACCAAUUUAACAAUUAAUUCAAUUUAAUAGUGAUCUAAUUUCUAAUUUUCUACCUAAUGGUAUAGUGGGUUAUUGAAUUUCUUUACCAUUGAGAUAAAGUAGUGGCAGGCCCUUGGCCCUUGGGAGCAUUUCAACUUUUCAUCUUUAUCCAUAUGCCAAUAUGCCCAUACAUCACUAGUCGGUACAUCAUCAUUCAUCAUCAUCAUACGCAUAUGAAUACAGAGUAUAUGAUUCCUAUUUCCUUCUCUUUUCAAAAUCAAAACUCAAAAAUAAAAAAUACUUGAAGAAAGCAGUUGCAAUCAACGACCUGCAGACUGCAGAAAAUUUUAGUUUGGGGAAGAUCUAUUUUGGAAUACGCAUGUUUGAACUGCUGAAUCUCCAUCAAAACGAUGACUUUUCAUUUUUUUGUAAAACGACUCAAAACGACGUCAUUUUGAUAAAACAAAAUUGAAAAUUUUGGGUGUUCCAAGUGCAUACCCUUGAACAUCAUACCGUCCCCCACUGAUUGCAUACAACUUAAUGUACUCAUUUGACACUUUCUUUAAUAAAAACUAAGCAGACUACAUAUUUUUUUUCCUUUUCCCAGCCAAAUAAACAUAUUAACAUAAUCAAUAAAAAAACUUUCCUCAAUAUUUAUGUUUGUAAAAAGUCUUGUCAUAAUUAUUAAUGCAACCUUACGUUUUCAAAAAUCAAUUAGUUACCCCCUUGAGUUUGGAUCAUUCUCAUUCUUUGCCCCUCACAUUAAUAUUUGUUAAAUUUAAAUUUAAUAUAAUUCUUAAAUUCAAUGAAAAAUGUCUAUAAAAUUAAUUUUAAAUGUAAAACACAAAUUAUUAUCAUAGUUAUAAGUCGUUGUUGUUGAUCAUUAUUUUUCUACUUAGCUACUCGAUUGUGGAAUAAAUAUUAUUGAGAGUAAUUAAGUGAAAGUACUCACGAG